GGAAGCGCAGAGAAAAGCCGGGCCUAGCAAUUAGUGCUGCGGGAUGGCCUCACCUGCCAAACUAUCCUACUGAGCCUCGGCGGUUCCAAAUCUCGCUUGCAGAGGCACAAAAAGACACAAGCCGCAGUCUCAAGGGACUCACCAGCCACGUGAUCACUCGGAUCACGUGACUGGGAGCCCGGCCGCUUCCGUCUGUUACCUUGGCAACUGCCGGGCCUGCUCCGACCUUCCCAGAAAGCGCGGAAUUCAGAGGCUAAGGAAAUAUUGUGGAAAGCACCCUUUAACAAUUGGAUAUUAACAAUGAAAAUGUGAUUCUGACUCCCACAAGUAAAGGAGAUGUGAAACAGCUUGUCCAUAUAAGCUUUUUACUGAAUUUGGAAUCUUUUAUCUAGCUAACUGUGUUUCCAGUGUUAGAAAUAUCUUGGAAUGUUUACUUUGGAAGAAGAAAAGUAUUGAUUAUGACUCACUAUUCCAAAGAAAAGUUGGAUGAAGAGUUUGAACAAUUCAUGAAAGAGCUUUCAGAUGACUCUUUUGAAAAUUCAAACAAUACACUUAGACAACCUAAAAAGGAAAUGAAAAAGAUUGACACAGUGCCAUGGUGGAUAACUGAGGAUGAUUUUGAAGAUGGUGGACUGGUUGGGACAAAUGUAAGCUACUUAAAAACCAAAAAGACUUCACAGCCCAUUUUGGAUAUAGAAGAAGAAUCUACUGAAAGGAUUCAAUUUCUUAAGAGCAGUGGAACCUCUAUCUUAAGUAUCGACAGCUUAGAAACAAACGAGAUAGUAGUUUCUGAGCUCAAUCAUAGUGUUCUUGGACUGGGAUUGGACACAUUGGAAGAACAAGAGGAAAAAGAGCAGUUUUUUGCCAGACUAGAGAAAGGCUUAACAUCUUCCAUUGAUUAUUCAAGACUAAAUAAGGAAUUGGAUUCUAAUGACUCCACACAAUUUAAAGAUUUACAUAGUAAUCAAGCUAAUAUAGAACUAACUGAAGAUAAACAUGAAAAUGAAUUCAAGUAUGAAGAACUGGCAGAAAAUUACAGUGAUGAUUUUGAAAAUGAAGAUAUUGAUGCACCUUUGACUACUAAUGAUGAAGAGACUAGUUCCAAAGAAAUUUCCAAAACAGAAAAAAUAAAUACACCCAAACAGGAAGAAGAGAAAACUGGCAUGCUGGCUAACGUAGUGCUGCUUGAUUCGUUAGACUCUGUUGCAGAGGUCAACUUUGAUGGCGAAGAUAAAGCAAAAACUCAGCCCAAAGCCCUGCCAGAAGUGACGGAUAAUGAAAUGACAGGAACAGGUGUUUCUUUUGGACAAAGCAAUAGUGACAUUGAAGCUCUGCAUCAGGCUUACUGUCAUUUAGCUCAUUCUUUGGGGGAUGCAGAUGAACAAGGAAUUGAGAACACUGCAGUGGAAAAUAUCAAGAGCUAUGUGAAAGAUCAUACUCAGGAAAAUGAAGUCUCCUCUAAAAAUGUCUCUACUACAGAAUCUGAUCUACCCACAGUAGAGGAGCUGAUGAAACCUAUCAGAAUAGAUUCCUUUGGGGUCAGUGGUUUUGAUUUACAGCCUGUCAGCUAUAAGAAAUUGGCCGAUAGUAAAGAAACUGAAUUCAUUAGCCAUUUACCCCUCAAGAUGACCACCAGUGUUACAUCUCCAGAGCCACAAAACAUGAACCAAUUUUUUGACAAAAAUGAAGAGAAUGUGGGUUUACAAAAGACAACACAUGAAGGUAUAGAAACUAGCUGUCCAAGAGUAAAUGUCAUGGAAGAACAUAUAGAUAAGAUGUACCUUGAUAUUUUGAGGAAAAAAAUAUCUGUUGCUCCUUCAUUUAUACCUCAGGAAGACAAAAUAAAUAAAGCUUUUAAGUCUCAACUCAGUUCUGGAGAAGAAAGGGAUGUAAUUGGUAAACAGGUACCAUAUAAAAAAUCCAGAAGUGCACCUCCUUUACAUAAAAGAAAACCCCAGAGUGGAUUGUAUGCAUCAGUUAGGAGUUCUGGCUAUGGAAAACCCAGUUCACCUUUCAAGACAUUUUCUACUCUUGAAAAGAAAAUUUCAAAGGACAGCAUGAAAAGCAAAAACUUGAGAUCUACCACUACCUCAAAUCAAGCUAGGAAAAAAGAAAUCUUAUCUGGAACAAAACUCAUCAAGCCUGCAGCACUUAGUAAGCCAGCUCCCAAAACUGAAAGUUUCUUAGCGGCUCCUAAGAAUUCUGAAGGUCCUACAGAAACUGAUUCCGGUGCUCAGUUUCAGAAUAAUUCUUCAGGAUACCAUGCUGGGAACAAGGAAGCAGAACUGAUUAUGCUUAAAAGAGUUCAGGAAGCAGAGGAAAAGUGGAAGAAUGCUCAAGCCCUAAUUGAGCAAAUUAAAGUCACAUUCUCAGAAAAAGAAAGAGAGCUAGAAAAUAAGAUGGAAGAACUAAAGAGUCAACAAGAAAAGGAACUCUUUAAACUGAGUCAAGACAAUUAUAUUCUUCAAGCCAAGUUAAGUGGCUUUGAAGAAACAAAUAAAAAACAAAGGUGGUUACAUUUUGAAACAAGUGAUCCUGUUACUGAAGAAAAAUUGAAGCAUAUCCAGAAAGAAAUACAAGAACAAGAGACUCUUCUUCAGGGCUAUCAGCAGGAAAAUGAAAAAUUGUAUAAUCAAGUGAAAGAUCUCCAAGAACAAAACAAGAAAAAUGAGGAACGGAUGUUCAAGGAAAAUCAGAGUUUAUUCAGCGAGUUAGCAUCCUUAAAAGAACAGAUGCAUAAAAGUCAUUUGCUGUCCCAAGUAGCUGAAGACUCGGAGCCCACUAAAAACCAGAGUUUUACAGAUCUGUUAGCAGAACUGCGGGUAGCACAGAAAGAAAAAAACAGUUUAUUGGAAGAUAUCAAAAGAUUGAAGCAAGACAAACAAGCUCUUGAAGUAGACCUGGAAAAAAUGAAGAAAGAGAGAGACCAAGCGAAAGAUCAGAUUGUUUAUGCUACAGGUGAAAAAUUGUAUGAAAUAAAGAUUUUAGAAGAAACACAUAAACAAGAAAUUAGUCGUCUCCAGAAAAGAUUACAGUGGUAUGCUGAAAAUCAGGAACUUCUGGAUAAAGAUGCAGCUCGGCUUAAAGAAGCAAAUGAAGAAAUUGAGAAGCUAAAACUUGAGGUUGAGAAACUGAAAGCUGAAUCUGGAAAUCCAUCUAUUCAGCAGAAGAUACGUUUAAAAGAUAAAGCAGCUGAUGCCAAAAAAAUUCAGGAUCUGGAGCGACAAGUUAAGGAAAUGGAAGGAAUUCUAAAGAGAAGAUAUCCCAAUUCUUUACCUGCUUUAAUACUGGCUGCAUCAGCAGCUGGUGAUACAGUGGACAGAAAUACAGUAGAAUUUAUGGAAAAAAGGAUUAAAAAGCUAGAAGCUGAUCUGGAAGGCAAAGAUGAAGAAGCAAAAAAAAGCCUUCGUACCAUGGAACAACAGUUUCAGAAAAUGAAAAUUCAAUAUGAACAGAGAUUGGAGGAGCAGGAGCAGUUACUUGCCUGCAAAUUGAAAGAAGCACCCCAGGACAACUCCAGGGUUAAAGCACUAGAGAAGGAAAUCAGCGACAUUAAGGAAGCCCAUCAAAUCACUGUAAGAAAUCUUGAAGCUGAAAUAGAUGUUCUUAAACAUCAGAAUGCUGAACUAGAACUCAAGAACAAUGAUAAAGAUGAUAAAGAUUUCCAGUCUAUAGAAUUCCAGGUGGAACAGGCUCAUACUAAAGCUAAACUGGUAAGGCUGAAUGAAGAGCUGGCUGCAAAAGGGAGAGAAAUACAAGAUCUUUCGAAAACUGUGGAGAGACUUCAGAAGGAGAGAAGAAUAAUGUUAUCUAAUCAGAACCUCAAAGGUAAAGAGGAAAUGACUGCAAAAAGGGUGAAGAAAGAUGUUUUGCACACAGGUAAAAGAAAUGCUAACUCCUUCCCUGGAACCUUGAAUGGCAAGCUUUACCAACCACAAACUUUUACUGAUUCCCGUAUUUCAGAGGUUUUGCAGGAAAACUGCAGAUUGAAAACUGAGCUAGAGACAUUAGGUGUGGAGAGGAAUGAGCUGAAGAAGAAAUAUGAAGCAACAAUGAACCAAUUUGAAAAUUCCAUGAAAAGGGUCAAGGAAGAUACUGCAGCACACAUCGCAUCUCUUAAAGCAUCUCAUCAGAGAGAAAUAGAGCUACUCCUUUGCCAAAAUGCAGUAGAAAAUUCUUCUUCCAAAGUAGCAGAACUAAAUCGUAAAAUAGCAUCUCAAGAGGUCCUUCUAAAACAUUUCCAAAAACAAGUUAAUGAACUGAAGGAUAAACAAGAGUCUCUUGCAGUUUCUCAAGUUCGAGAAGAAGUCCUACAAAAAGAGAUUACAAAACUCUUAGAAGAAUUGAAAGAAGCCAAAGAAAACCAUACACCAGAGAUGAAACAUUUCAUGGGGUUAGAAAAGAAAAUUAAACAGAUGGAAAUGAGACAUGAGCAAAGAGAACAGGAACUUCAACAGAUAAUACAGCAGACCCACCAAGUUGUAGAAACUGAACAAAACAAAGAAAUUGAAAAAUGGAAAAGGCUCGCACAGUUGAAGAAUCGUGAGCUGGAUAAAUUCCGCACAGAAUUAGACUCAAUAUUAGAUGUUCUCCGAGAGCUGCACCGGCAGGGGGUAGUUGUACCAGUUGCUCUUCCAGAAGAAGUGAAUGCACCAGAGUAUUACUAGAAACUCACAUCAGAUGACCUUGCAGAAAGGCCUGAAGAUGGAUGGUGGAUAGCAUUGUGCCACUUUUGAAAGGAAGCUUUUGAAAACAAGUGUUCAGUAUGUUGCCAGAAAGCAAAUAAUACAAAAGCAACAUUUCAAAAUAAAUUGCCCUUAAGCAAUAAGAAAUAAAAAUCACUAUGGUGUAUUUUACUGAAAAUCAUUAACCACGCCAUUUUAAAUAAUUUAUGGAUAAGUCCCUAUGUCAGAACAUUAAUACCAGUGAAGCUUAUUGUGAAAGGUCUGACUUAUACUGGAUAUGCAAAGAAACAAAAUUGCUUGUACCAUCAUUAUUGACCAAGUAUGUGCUCUUAAUUCUUAGUGCCAGAAAAACAGCGCCUCUUUCCCACGGAAACAGGAGCGUGAGCACAGUAGCAUGCACAGUCACAAUGACAGUUACCCAGGCAGGAGCACUCAUGAUGAUUUAGAGAAUUGGAGCUUGUGUACAAGUAGACAGUGAACUCUCUUGCGUUCUCCCAGAUGUCUAGUCCUACCUCUAGGCACCCCCUUUUUGCACCUGGCAUAAGAGGCAAGAUGUAGUUCACAAUUAAUCAGGAAAUUUCAUUUGUUCAUUGUUUGCAUCUUUAAUGCCACAUGUCUUAAAUGCCAAUCCUUUUUGUAAGUCUAAGAUUAUAAACGAUAAUAAAUGUUCAUUAGAAAAAACAAAGAAUGCAUAGAAGUAGCUGGAUUGUUAUUUUACAGUUCCCACUUGCAAAAGCAGUGGUGAGUAUUUAAGACACUGGUAAAUUAAAGCUAUAGCCAACUUAUUUUCAAAUGCUUUAAACCAGCCUUGUCCAAUAGAAGUUUGAUGCGAGCCAGGUGUCAUUUUAAAUUUUCUAGUAGCACAUUUACAAUUCAAAUUUGGGGAAUUUAUAUAUCUGAAACAUCAAUAUAAAAAUUUGAGUUUUAUCUUUGGUCUUGGAGGCAGAAGCAAGAUCACCAGGGGAGCGGCAGCCUUUGGAGAGCUUUGCAGUCAGGCGUGCACCAUGGCCCUUUGGCUCCAAGGCCUUGCAUCUCCAGAGACUGCCCUGUGGGAUGUGGCUGCCCCGCUGCACAGAAGACAAAGUGUCAGAGGCCACGGCCACAAGAAAGACUGCCACCAGCACCAACAAAUGAGGAGCCCAAAACUGAACACUACUGGCCAAGCACAGACUUUGCGGAGGGACAACACCUAACCCGAGAGGGCAGCCAGUGCCACAGCCAGUUCAUCCUAAGGCUUCCAGCUACUAGCCGAGCAAUAAAAAUUUUUUUUAAUCUUUUUUUUUACCAUACUAAGUUUUCAAAAUCUGGUAUAUUUUACAUUUACAGCACAUCUCAACUGGAUUAGCCAUAUUUUCCAAGUCUCAACCUCAAAAAGUGAAGUUCUAGUACACAAUUAUGAUGUGAAAUACUUUAUAGAAGGCAAAUGAAACAGAUCUUGGUGUAAUUAUGAGUAAGGACUGUGGAAUGCGGAAAUGUAAGGAAUGGACUUGAUUUUUUAAUUUAUAGUAUUUUUAAAUGUCCUUUUCCUAAGAAGAUAGAAAAAGCAUUAAUUAUACUUUGCUAUUUUUUUAUGUGAGAGUUUUUAAAUUUAAUAUAAACUGUUAUUUAU